GAAACGUCUUCCAACGUCUCGCAUUGCCGUACGACAGGCUCGCUGCUGCUCAUCCGGAGGACUGAACUAUACCGAUAAAAUGUCUAAACGAAGUGCCGACGCCUCUGACGACCAGGCCGCCGCCUCCCUCAAGGCUGGCGAGCGCCCGGUCGCUGGUGCCCCUCCCGACGAGAUGGGUGAGUUCGAGGAUGAGUUUGAGGACGAGUUCGAGAGUGAGGACGAGAUCUUGGAGGCCGGCGUGGACGGGCGACCGGACGCAGAGCGCGAGGAAGAGGAGAAGGCGGACGCAAUGGAGGUAGACCAACAGACAUUCAUUCCUGGCCGGACGAAACUCGCGCCCGGAGAGGUUCUCUCCCCUGACCCUUCCACAUACGAUAUGCUACACACACUCAGCACACCAUGGCCAUGCCUUUCAUUCGACAUUGUCCGCGAUAACCUCGGCGACAACCGCAAGACCUAUCCCGCGACAGUAUAUGCAGUGACCGGAACACAGGCAGAGGGACGACGUGCAAAGGAGAACGAGCUCAUGGUCCUGAAGCUCAGCGGCCUCGGCAAGAUGGAAAGAGAAAAUGAGACAGACUCCGAGAGCGACUCCGACGACGACGAGGGAGGCGAGGCCAUUCUCGAGUCCAAGAGUAUCCCGCUCGGCUCAACGGCAAACCGAAUCCGUGCGCACCAGACCCCUUCGCCGACCGGAGAUUCCACCCCUCAAACAAUCACCGCGACGAUGCUCGAAAACUCACAAGUUGUUAUUCACGAUGUCACCCCACACUUUACCAGCUUCGAUGUUCCCGGCACGAUGCUGCCCCCUUCUGCCUACAAGCCCUUGUCUACACUCCGCAUGCACAAGUCUGAGGGUUACGCCCUCGACUGGUCCCCUCUUCAGCCUCUCGGCAAGCUCUUGACAGGUGACAACGAUGGAUUGAUUUAUGUGACAACCCGCACUGAAGGAGGUGGCUGGGUGACAGACACACGCGCAUUCACUGGACACAGCUCGUCCGUCGAGGAGAUCCAAUGGUCGCCGAACGAGAAGAACGUGUUUGCCUCAGCGAGCAGCGACGGCACCGUCAAAGUUUGGGACGUGCGAUCGAAAUCUCGCAAGCCUGCUGUGGAUGUGAAGAUCUCGAACACGGACGUGAACGUCAUGAGCUGGUCGAAGCAGACCUUCCACCUUCUUUCUACAGGCGCCGACGACGGACAAUGGGCCGUCUGGGAUCUGCGACACUGGAAGCCCAACCCGGCCUCGCCUUCGGCACCAAUCACCGCGGCCCCCGUUGCCUCUUUUGACUUCCACAAAGAACCCAUCACAAGUAUUGAAUGGCACCCGACAGACGACAGUGUCGUUGCUGUCGGAUCCGCCGAUAACACAGUUACUCUAUGGGAUUUGGCGGUCGAACUGGACGAGGAAGAAAGCCGCGAGGCUGGUCUCUCGGACGUGCCGCCACAACUGCUCUUCGUGCACUACAUGGAGUCCGUCAAGGAAGUGCACUGGCAGGCACAGAUGCCGGGCACGCUCAUGGCUACCGGAAGCAGUGGAUUUGGUGUGUUCAAGACAAUCAGCGUUUAGUAGAUAAAAGUGCUCGAAUAAUGACCUUCAUGUUUAUAUUUUCCGUUUUGGACGCUUCGCAUCUAUACCAUUAUCGCUUCUGUGUAUAGACCAUAGCCAAUCAGAUUCAAUGAAUGACACGACACUAGAGCAUCGACGUGGCAUUGUCUAUCAUCUAUCAAACGAUCUAACAAACCAGACUUCUAACAGCAAACAGCCACCGAUUACUAACACAUCUAUCAGCAGUCCCAAGAUCUAUGCACAGCCUUUUUACACCACAGCGAUUUACUCGACCUUCUUCGGCAAAACCCAAUGAAGCACCCCAUCCCUCUUCCCACUAACAUCGCCAACAUGCGUACACUCGCCCCAAGUGCGCACAAGACUGCGCAUGAACCCAGAGUCAUCGCGAUGGUACUGCUCGCCGAGGACAGGGAUGAUCGCAUUCGUCGCCUCCUCGGCGCGGUAGAAGGGGAUGCGCGAGAACAGGUGGUGCACGACGUGGUGGUCGAUGAUGUGGUGGAAGAAGUGGCGACCGAUGAAGCCAAAGUCGCGGUCAACGGUGCUGAGCGCGCCGCGCGUGAACGUCCAGCUUUCGUUUGUGUAGUGCGGGAUGUCCUUGUGUGUGUGGUGGAGGUAGGUGAUUGCGACUGGUCUCGUUAGUUUGGUUCCUUUUCAGUGAAUUGACUUGGGUGGAGUGGGACAUGGACAUACCGAGCCAGUGGUGCACCCAGAGGUAGGGAACAACGUAGAUGAGGAAAGUCUUGAGCAGACCAACCUGCUGACUGAGGUACCAGACGGCCGCACCCAUAAGAAGCAGACCGAGAUCAGAAAUGGCAAUGAGAUGGCGCUGCGACUCGGUCCACAGCGACCCCGUGGGAUCAAAGUGGCUGUUCGUCUGGAACCAGCCCGUGCGCUUGCCCUGGAUCGGACGGCUCUUGGUUCCCGCAGUCACAUUGAAAAGCAGGUACGUCUGCCACCCGGCGAGCUGGUGCGCGAGCAGGCUGACGAACGAGUAGAUGGGGGUGUCCUCGAGCAUCUCGAGCCACUCGGGGAGGUAGCUGGCCUUGCCCGCGAUGUCCUUCUCGGUCCAGGGAACAAACGCCGUGUCCUUUUCCGUGUUGUUUGUGUAGCGGUGGUGGCGCGCGUGCGUGAUCUUCCAGGAGAAGUAGGGGACGAGCAGGAUGGAGUGCAGCGCCCAGCCGAUGACAUCGUUGAUGCGUUGGUACGGGGAGAAGGCGCCGUGGCCACACUCGUGGGCGAGGAUCCAGAUUCCGGUGCCGGUGCAGCCCUGGAAGAAGCCGUAGAGGAUCCAGGCGAGGACGCGCAGAGGCAGGGACGGGAGGUAGUCGAUCUGCAGGGCGAGGUAGAAGAGGAUUCCGGCGUAGAUGAAGUCGCGGACUACGUAGGCGCAGGAGAUGAAGAGGGAGCGGUCGAAGCAGUGCGCGGGGAUGGCAUCGCGGAUUUCCUUGAGGGUGAGU